GUGGGAUUGCAAGGACCGAGAAAGCUGGGGGAACCCACGCGUUCAGCCUCAGAGAAAGUACGGCUUUUUCCUACAUAACUGACGCUCAAUCAUUUUUUUCUUUUCACGCUUGUCACUAACAGGAAAGCCACUCUGUAGGAUUGUGUUCUCGGAGAAUAAGCUUUUUUCCCCCUCCUGCUCUUUUUCUUUUUUCUUUUUUUUUGUCACCAUUCUGCACGGCAAGGCUGAGAGACGGACCGCUCGGACUGUGGGAGCCCUCCCCUCUGCUCCGAUCUGCUUUGUUUCAGAUGGCCCAUGGGAGAGCGUGGAUGAGGCCUGAGCUGUAGUGGGGCAGAAGGCUCUGGGGCCUGCCUGUUGUCGGCAGCCCGAUUCAUCCAUCGAGGUGAGGCACCACUCUCACCGGGGCAGAGAACGGACCAGGAACAGGUCUUUGCUCCCCCUCCUCGCUCACCCCUGCCCCCUUUCCACCCUCUUCCCCCACCCAGGCACGUACGCUCUGGACCAUGUCGAGCGAGCCGUCGGAGGGGGGCCGGACAGAGGACCAGGAGCGGAGCAGCAGCAAACAGGACUCUCCUGUUGUGGAGCGCAGGAACCGCAGCGGCAUCAUCAGCGAGCCUCUCAGUAAGAGCCUUAAGAACUCACGCACACUCUCCCAGUACACAGCCGUCUCCUCGGCCAACACCAAUGGACACACGGACAAUAGCGAGGCGAAGAGCCACUCGGCCAAGCCUCAGCCUCCCCCGCAGCCCCAGCCCACCGUCUCUGCACUGACAGCAGCCAAGUUGGACCGAACCCUUGAACAGGUUCUGGAGGGACAGAAUGGCCUGCUGCACUUUGCUCAGGCAGCAGCACUGUUGAAGCGGGCCGGUAUGGAGCACAUGCUCCUGCCCGGGGGCAUGGGAGUGGGAGUUGGCGGAGGAGACGCAGGCUCGGGGGCUAGCGACUUGGAGGGUACGUCUGUCACGGACGCCGUAGGUGGUCCCGUUGACUUCCCAUAUGGAGUAGGGGGUGGUUUCCCCUUCAAUCCGGGCCUUUUCAUCAUGACGCCGGCCGGAGUGUUUCUGGCGGAUAGUGCGCUGCACAUGGCCGGCCUGGCUGAAUACCCGGCACAGAGCGAGCUGGCCUCUGCUAUCAACUCCGGGAAAAAGAAGCGAAAACGUUGCGGUAUGUGCCCACCUUGCCGACGGCGGAUUAACUGCGAGCAGUGCAGCAGCUGCCGGAAUCGCAAAACGGGCCAUCAGAUCUGCAAGUUUCGUAAAUGUGAGGAACUGAAGAAGAAGCCCUCUGCUGCUCUGGAGAAGGUGAUGCUUCCUACAGGAGCAGCGUUUCGGUGGUUCCAGUAGGACUCCUCCUCCUCCUCCACCCCCUACCCAAAGCUCUGCCAUCAAGUGCAAUGCCAACUCCUGGAUUGUCUCCGGAACAGAAACUGGCUAAUAAACAAACAAACAGGCAACAAAAUAAUAUAAUAGAAAAAAGAAACAACAAUGACAAAAAAGAAAAAACAAACAAUCGGGUAAUGGAUGCACCUACUUAUUCCUUGAACCAAAAAUGAAGCGCAAAGAAAAGCAUCUAUGGCAAUUUUCAUUCCCUUUUCUAUGUUUCCAUUUUGGUACCUUUUGUCCUUUUUCCAGCAGGUUUUUUUCUGUCGCUUCAACAUGGAACUGUUCAUUGCCAGAAACAGAAAUGACGGACUGAGUGUGGACAAUCAACUAAUUUCUGUGUUUGGUGUUAAUGUUGUUCAUGUGUGGAAAGAUACAGUACUUGUGUAGAGAAUGUAAAUUUACAGCUAUAUUUCAAAACUAGUGGCUAAUGGCAAACAUUAUUGUAAUUCUUCACCAUUUUGUUACUUAAACCCUUGACGAUUUUAUGAUUCAUUUCAAGUUUCCUGACAGAUCUUUGAAAGACAAUGUUUCAAAUUGUGUCACUGUGGAUUUCAGAUUGAAAAAACCUGACAAGUCAUAAUUCACCUUAAUCACACACCAGCCUUUUUUCUCUGCUAUCUUGCUCAUGGUGGGAAGCUAAAAUGCUGAUAGGCCAAAUUGCUCUUUUAAGGUUUUUAGUCAUACAAAUAAGGGUAUCUGACAAAUCAUCAUUUCACUGCUGUAAGUCUGUUUGGCUACAAAGGAGACUGUGAAAACCUGGAGUGAAAUCUGGUCAAAGAUUUCAAGUUACACAUCAAAUAUGAAAGCCUGUCAGAUAAUGCACAACAGGCUAACAUUAGCAUUCAGCAACUUGCUUGCUUGCUAAUACAAGUCUUUCUUUUCAUUUAAGGCCUUUUGUCCCUCCAGAUUUUCAUUAUCAACCAUCUUUUCAGCUUUUCAUCCAUCAAGAAGUGGUACAAUUAUAGCAGUAGUCACACUUCCUACAUAAAUAUUCCUAAGAGCUUGUCAAACAGCAGCUAGCAUUUUGGCUUCUCAGCCUCAGAAGCCAGUAGCUACUGCCAGACAACAACCAGCAUUAAGCACAUUUUUGGCUGGCAUUGCUGGAUGAUAGCUAGAGAAAAUAUAAUACAGUCAGUAUGUUAACAUGUACAGUAAAGUCAAGCUUCAGUGAAAACUAAUUGGCUUUAUGAUUUACUUUUGACUACAAAAUGACUUCUACCAUGCUUUGUAUUCAGGCUGUUCAACUUCCCCGCAAAGCCUGACAUGGAAACUAUGGAGUAUAUGCAGAACACCUCGCUCAGUCUGGCCUAAUUCUAAAGUAAACAUCCUAAAGCAUCUACUUAUUUACAGUUAUGUGCAUAACUUUCAGGCUUAUAGGGUGAUAAGGAUUCAUCAUGGGGCUUGAUGUGCCACAACCUGUGGCUAGGGAGGAUGGUGGCCAGAGUCUAGCUCGCCGGCAUCUCUUUCAUCCAGGUCUUUUUUACCCCUGGUAAUACGUCAGGAGACUGCUGAGCUUUUCCUGAGACACCCACAGUACAACCAGGAGCUUGUGGCAACCCUGGAUGGUAUUCUAGGUCGUGCUUUCUUGCCGUAUCCACCUCUAACUCUACUGUAAACGUGUGGACUUUAUUAAUUUUUCAACAGAUUUUAUUCCCAUGCCCCUGGUAAUGUGCAAGGACAUCCAGAGUAUGACCUGGGUUUUGUCAGUCCUCCUACCCACCUGAUGUUGCCCUCAGGCAGGUUUACCUACCAUUACAGCCUUACCUCAGCCCCAGUGUUUGGCCCAAACAUGCCUUUAAGUUCUUCCCAGCACUGUCCAUGUUCCAGUUUGACUUCAACACAUUAAACCUCGGAAGAGUUCAGCCAGACUAGCACAUUUACAUGCACUUAAAGGGUCCAGUUUUAGUUGGACUAACACCAUAUUUCAUCCUUUUCUGUCUGCAUGUAAACAUACUGAGUGUAACAGACAGUUGUAAAACUAUCUUACAUAUAAAAACAGCUUCUCUGCUUGAGAAAACCUGCCAUCAGACAACUGGGAACAUUAGCAUUAAGCCUCUUCUUAGCUUUAUUAAUGCAAGCUUGAUAACAGAUGGCAGUUAGUGUUAAAGUUUGGUCUGUAAGCAGUCCUGGCAUCCCCUUUGUAAAUUCCUAAAUGAUGGUAUGAGUAAACCUAUUACCUACUUUCACACAAUAGAUAAUAUCAGCGUUAUGUGCAAUUUAAGCUAAUUAACCUUUGGGCAGAAAGCUUCUUUUAUGUUGUUAAAUAAACAAGAAGUGGUGAAAAAUGACAGUUGUCAGUUUCCCCUUUUAUAUGACUAACGUCCUGUAAUACAAUAACAUUUACCUGGCAUUUGAACCACAACAUUAGCAAAUAACCACUUGUUAGCUAACAGAGCUGCAAGCUAGGAGGUGGAUGAUGGCUGAUAUUACUCUACACUAUAUAGUAUAGUUACCUGAUAUAAUUGGAAAGGUGUAAAUUCUUAAAUGUUAGCUGCUUCUCUGAUUGAGAAAAUCUAUACUAUUACCUACUUCUAUAGUGUGUCUCAAAUCACAUACUUCUGUUAGUAUACUGUGUUACAGUAUACUAACAUGCAGUACAGAGCACUUAAUCACACCAGGUUAGUAUUGUCUCAUUGUGCACAGCCGUUUUGCACUAACAGGAAGUGACAAUGGUUAACCACCACUGUUUUCUUCUUUUACUUCUUUAGGGCAGUUAUAAUUGACUUCUGACAGUUAUUUCGACUCACAAUUGAAUGAAUGUCCCUUCUAUUUUAUGUUUAAAAUAUUUUCUUCAAUAAAAAACUUAUAUAGCCUUAUAUAGCCUUAUUCUUGGAUGAAAUGUGCUGCCGUUGCUAAUAACAAGUGAAUUAGCUAGCGGAUGCUAACGUUAGCUAGCGCGCUAGCAUGCUAGCAGUACAGCGUCAUCAAUAUGGCGUUCAUGUAGGGUGCAAAGUGUCUGUCAUUUCACUCUCAAUUCUUGGACAUUUUUGAGUUUGCCAGUAGCAAACUACAUCUGAGUACUUCUCAGUUUGACUGCACUUAUGUACUCAAUUUAGUAGUUAGUACAGAAGCAUGGGAUUUGAGACACACUGUCAAACAACAGCUAAUGUUAGCUUUUUGCCACACUCAGGCUAAUGUUACCCUUGGUCAGGCGCUGACAAAAGGUACUACUAUAGUUUUGUAGAACGUUUUUUUGAGUGAUUUUAUAGGACAUGAAGCUUAUAAAUUUAUGUUGUAAAGCAUAUGCUCAGAGUUUAAUUUUUAGCAUAUUAAAUGGUAGUUAAGAAGUGGCUGGAUGCUAACGCUAGCUGGCAGCUAACACCUCAAAUUUGUUGUUCUCUUUAAAAUACAGCUGAUUGUCCAUACAGCUUUUCAUUAAUUUGCAAGCAAAAAACAGUUGAAAAAGUCGGAUUCCCUAAAAUUAUAAGCACUGCAGCUAACUAUUACCACACCAGCAUCAGUACUGUAAUAAGUCUGGGUGUGAUGUCGGAGAAAAAUGUGCCGUGUGAAUAUGGUGAAUUGAGAUCUCCUUAACGCCUCAUUGGGUGUAAGAUACAGUACGCCAGAGCCGUCACUACUGUAAUCUUCUUAAUCAGCUCUUCUCUGCAUUUCCAAACGUUUUUGUUGGUGAGGCUGGCAGCCAUGUUACUGUGGCCCUACUGAGCAUGUGCCAAAACUGCUCAGGGCUACAGCAAUAAGAGACAGCACUUGCUCUGAGUCUACCCUACUGAACGCACUGAGACAAGAUUAUGUUUUUUUAUUUGUUUAUUUGUCAAAUUUUCAUGAUUUUUGUUAUGUUGCUGGGUAGCUACAGCUUUUAAAAAUAACCGAUCUUUGUAUUUGUUUAGAAAAUUGGACUGGUUUUGUGAAUAAAAAGGAAUGCAUGUA